AAUAAAUUAGUAAGUAAACAUCUACUUGCUAAACAACUGUAAGGGAAAAACCAGGAUAUAGUUUUAAAUUUGAGACAAAUAUUAAUCGAUAUACUUUGAGAGGGGCACUUAAGAAAUACUCUUUUCAGGAUAAGAAACAUUAAGGCGAUAUAUUCUCUAAGAAUAAGUUUCUACAUAAUCUAAUCUAGUUUAGGCUUAAGUUGUAUGAAAUACCGUUUGUAUUAGGUUGAUAACCAAUUUAGUUUAUUAGGAAUGGUACUAUAUACAAGAUAUUUGCUGACUGAAAGCACGUCUGAUACCUCAAAAGACAACGCUGACAACGCCGCUUUUGCACUGUGCUUACAAAGGAACAAAAAACAAAACAAACCCCAAAGGCCAUUUCUUUUUCAAAUAAGAAAUACAAAUGCAGGAUAAACUUCAGUGCUUGCAGCAAAACUAGGCAUUAAAGAAAAAUGCUAUAAAAUAUAUUUCCUUAAAAAUAUCCAGCUCAGUUUUUUUCUUCUUCCCACCUUUUUGGGGCAGAACUAUCUCUGGACCAUCAGCAGUCUUCUGCCUUGCCUGGAGCCUCCCUAACCUUUCAUCUCUUAUCCAAAUUGUUUAUCAAAAGAGCUCAUUUAAAAGAGUUUAAAAGCCAGUAUUUACAGUUUAUAGACUGCACAGUUAAUCUUAUCAAUCUCUAAAAAACCAUGUAUACCUGAAUGCCCAUCAAGUGUCAAGCACUAGGCUGGGUUAUCAACACAAAGAAUGACACAUUUACUUGCGAGUAGGGAUUUUGCAGUUUCAAGAGGCAAAGAAAAGGUUCAAAUUGUAUUAUCCAGAAGUGAGAAAGACGCACUCCAGGUAGCAGGACAAAAGCACAAAGGGAUGAAAUGGCAUAGCACUUUUGAGAUGGUGUGCAUUUUAAUUUUAACACACCAGAAGAUAUGCUAUGUGAACCUAGUAAGCUUACCGCAAUUGCAAUGUUCCAAAGUUAAGAGACAAUAAUUUCAACAAAAACAAGGAAAAGAAGGUUGGGGUGUAAUUUACUCAAAUAAUCUUUGUGAGGGGAUGGGGGAAGAAAAUUCUUAAAAAACAAGUACCAAGCUUAGUAUUUUUAUUGAGCUCAGAAAGCCUGUGGUCCCCAGUAAACUUUUACAUUGCCUACCUGUGGCACUGAAGCUGGCAGAGCUAAGAUGGAGGUGAAAAUUGGAGAGGUAUUGGAACAUAAUAGGCCCAAAUGAAAUUGCCCAGGCAGAAUAUAUGAAUGUAUGAAGGCAGUCAAAGAAAAGUAAUUCCAAGUAUGAACAGUAUUUAAAAUGCCAUAGGAAAGUCAAGAAAAAUUGAGAGCUCAAGAAGUUCGUGGAUUUGGCAAUCAGGAACAAUGAAGGUACACGCUGAUUAAAAGCACAAAACAAGGAAAGGGUGUUUCCAUUCGCUUGGAAAAUGGCCUUUUUUCCUUAUUAAGGCACGGUGAAAGUAGAAACAUUCUGAAAAUUACCUUAAAAUCUACUGACUUCAUAUUUAGUUCCUUUUUUAAGCAGGAAUAAAAACUGCUAUGAAGGAAGGGGAGACAUCUUACACGUAACAAAGUAACCCUUGAAGACAUUCAAGAGUUCUUAAUGCUUACUUUCUAUUCAGAGUGGACCAAUUACAUUCUUUGUACUAAAUAUUUUAGCUCAUCCACAUUCAGUUGCUUAUAACUGAAAAAAGAAAUCCACAAAAACUAGUGAGGAUUUAAGGAUACACAAAUGAAUUAAAAACCCAAUCUUGUUUUCAAACUACCAAGAGCCUACAACUAAGACUUAAGGAAAUAGCACAACCUUGACCUCAGGUUCUUUUCAGGUCCAGCAAUCAUUUUCUCGUAGCACCAAGUACAAGCGCUCUGCCAAGAAGUAGGCCAGAUUUUGGCUGCAAAUGUGUUUGUUGAAUAACUCCCCACCCUCUACACCACCCAAAAGGAGAAGCCCUUUAAAAAUUAUUCGCUAGUUUUGACUACUUUAACUAGUUUGGCUAAGUGGGAAAAACGAAAAACAAACUUAGUCUACCUUACUGAAUAUGCCAAAAUAGCCCUUAAAAACUGCUGGAUAUUUUCUCCUAUCGAGGUUUCAAAAGCUAAAAGUAUAGUUUGUACUACUAUAAAAGUGCUUCAAAUUUCAUGAUGAUGCAGGAACCUUAAGGAAUAAUAUUCACCGGAAGUGCUUAUAAUUGCAUCUUUUAUUUUUAAAAACUACAAAAGGGCAACAGAAAGCAGACUUGAAAGUACUGAAAAGUCUUACAACUUAAUACGGUUAAAACACGGCUUUUAUUCCGUAUUACUAAUGCCCAGUGCAAAAAAAAAAAAAAAAAAGGAGGCCCGGCGCGGUGGCUCAUGCCUAUAAUCCCACCACUUUGGGAAGCUGAGACGGGCGGAUCUCGAGAGUUCGAGACCAGCCUGGCCAAUGGGGUGAAACCCCGUCUCUACUAAAAAUAGAAAAAAUUAGCAGGGUGUGGUUGUGGGCGCCUGUAAUCCCAGCUACUUGGGAGGCUGAGGCAGGAGAAUCGCCUGAACCCGGGGAGGCGGAGGUUGCAGUGGGCCGAGAUCUCGCCUCUGCACUCCAGCCUGGGCACAAAAGAGCGAAUCCCACCGACAAAACUAUAUUCUUAAGGGAUGUACAGACAGAAAACUGGAAUAAAGAACAGGAAUUACAGGAGUAAGGAAGAGUCUGAAAAGGGCCCUUAAAUUCAGAUGGCUGCUUGUGCCUUUUAAAAGCAAUUGAAGUGUUCCUGGGUGUUACUUACACCUCUAAAUUUGUUUCCAAACUUUGCAAAUAGUUUUCUAUUUCAAUCUGAGAAACUGUUUCCUCAGAAAGUAAUCGAUCCUCCUUGACGUUGUACCCCCAGAAGCUAGUCUACCCCUCGCUAGGCCUCCCAGAGGCCCUCAAGGACUCCUAGUUGAUUCCGAGUCCCACGUCAGGGAACUACCACCUUACAUAAGUAUACUUUGCGGGGAGAAAGGCAGAUAAGAAAAUAGGGCGCCAAACCUUCUCCACCAACAGCCGUCACACCCCACGAGGAGUGUCCUGCGGGGGCUUUCCCCUGGGAGCCGCAGCUGUUCUGCCGUAUGGGGGAGGGGAACGCUUUCCAACAGUCAUCUCUUCCUCUUCGGGCCGCCAACGCCGACCGCACCACAGUCUCCUCCGCCCAAGCCCUGUCCCCUCCCCCGCCCCGGCCUGGGUCGGAGCCAAACCCCACAGGAAUGCAGCCCGGUCACAUGCGCUGCGGCGGUGGACGUGCCUCUCCCCCCGCGCCCCAAGGAGACCCAGCGCCAUCUUGCCCUGACGCAGUUACAAAAGUCACGGGAGAAAUCCUGUCUCCUCCUCCGCGCCAGCGCCCCAAAGUUUCGCAGAGGCCGAGCCGGGGCCCUCACCUCGCGCAGGGACAGUAGAAAAUGGUCAGGGAAGAGCCUUGCGAUUCCCUUCGCCACUGCUUGGGUUCCAUAUCGGCCGCGGCAACAACGAUCACCAUCGUCACUUCUCCCUCUCUACCUUUGCAACAGCCUCCCCCUACGGCUUUGGCCCCACCCGCUGCUGCAGGAUGAGGUCAUCGCCAGCCAACCACGACGCGCCCGACAGGACACAUCAGGCGCUGAUUGGCUGCCAAGACCGCCUCUGCCUCUCCCCACUCCGCUCCCCCCAGCGCUCUGGGUCGCUGCGGGGCAAGGGGAAGACGGAAACCAUUUCGGGGAAAGACCCCGAAAACAAGAGCCGGAAUCGCCGUGUCAUUUUAGUGGGGAAACCCUUCUUUUAUUCUUUGGUCUCCCCCUUUUUUCUUCGAGAUCACUGUCUGUCCCUCCCUCGUUUAAUCACCGCCAUAUAAAAGAAUUCCCACUCCCCUCCCCGCACAUUGUCCCACCGGUGGGGAAAUCCUUCCCCGAGGCCAAGAGAAGUAUAGGAGGCAGCGACGGCAACUGCACCGACGGCAACGGCAGCUUUUUACCCCGAAGCACGGUGGCAGGGAGGCGGCGUUGACGGUGGCUGCAUUUUUCCUGCUGCUUCUCCCCCCGACCUCUUCCGUUUCUUGCUCCUCCAUCGAGACAGCACUAGACUCGCCAGCUCCGCUUUUAUCCGGUGCCCGGAGCCUGCGCACUGGAGCCUCCUCAGCCCCUAGUGGGCGUCGAGUGACACCCCAACCGGGUUCACCCAGCGCUGGAGGCCAGACUGGGCUGGGGGAGGAGGGGGAGAGGAACGGGGAGACGGGACUGGGGUUGUUUGGGAGGGGGAGAAGGUGUGUAGCUUUCGGAGGGUGACGGGAGGGAGUUCGUUCCCAGGCCCUGCUGUCCUUGUCCGUGCACCCAAUACUGGCAUGCCCAAGCUCACCUAUAUCCAGACUUGAGGGCCACUGGGGGAAAGGGGGAAAGAACCAGUCCCACCGAAUACCGACACUUCCUCAAACCUUCGGUGGAUUGUUGAAUGCAUCUGUUGUCAGAAAGACAAGAGAUUCCGUCCCCCUCACCGCCUCCAGUUUGCUAUCUUCGAGCCUCCGCGGAGAGGCAACGGCGGGCGGCAGCCCACAAGCAAAAUGGCGCCGGGCAGCUUCAUCCCCUCCCCCUCUGCCCCUGCGGAGCGGGACGGGCGGGCCCCGUGCACUUGCCGCCGCCGCCGCCGCCGCCGCCGCCGCCGCGGCCGCCGCCGCCGUCGCCGCCAUUUUCCCAGAGCGAGAGGCAGUGACACUGAGCGGGCGCAGGGGGCCGAGUCGGAGACCGUGCCGGAGUUCGGGAGCGGCAACAGAGUGGGCAUAGACACUCCGAGCAGCCUCGCCGUCGUCUCUGCGUUCCUGUUGACUGCCUGGCUACCCCCUCCCCUACUCCUCGGUUCCUGGUGAAGAGGCUGCGCGCUGCUGUUUGGGGAGGGGGUGUGUGGAGCCGGGUCCUGUGUCCGCAGUGGCUGCUGUCGGGGGGUCGCCUGUUCGCGGAGGUGCGAAGAGACUCCUUGGGGGUCGAGCACAUAACGGGGUUCGGGUGUCUCCUGUGUGAACAUCACAGGGUUUGUGGAUGCACUUAGAUGUUUGCAAUGAGCACUGUGGCUGGCAUGCCCCAGUGUUUUGGAUACCAAUGCAUAGGACUCCAUAGUAAUCGAAUUUACCAGAGGCGAACGUCAUGAGCAUAGUGAUCCCAUUGGGGGUUGAUACAGCAGAGACGUCAUACUUGGAAAUGGCUGCAGGUUCAGAACCAGAAUCCGUAGAAGCUAGCCCUGUGGUAGUUGAGAAAUCCAACAGUUAUCCCCACCAGUUAUAUACCAGCAGCUCACAUCAUUCACACAGUUACAUUGGUUUGCCCUAUGCGGACCAUAAUUAUGGUGCUCGUCCUCCUCCAACACCUCCGGCUUCCCCUCCUCCAUCAGUCCUUAUUAGCAAAAAUGAAGUAGGCAUAUUUACCACUCCUAAUUUUGAUGAAACUUCCAGUGCUACUACAAUCAGCACAUCUGAGGAUGGAAGUUAUGGUACUGAUGUAACCAGGUGCAUAUGUGGUUUUACACAUGAUGAUGGAUACAUGAUCUGUUGUGACAAAUGCAGCGUUUGGCAACAUAUUGACUGCAUGGGGAUUGAUAGGCAGCAUAUUCCUGAUACAUAUCUAUGUGAACGUUGUCAGCCUAGGAAUUUGGAUAAAGAGAGGGCAGUGCUACUACAACGCCGGAAAAGGGAAAAUAUGUCAGAUGGUGAUACCAGUGCAACUGAGAGUGGUGAUGAGGUUCCUGUGGAAUUAUAUACUGCAUUUCAGCAUACUCCAACAUCAAUUACUUUAACUGCUUCAAGAGUUUCCAAAGUUAAUGAUAAAAGAAGGAAAAAAAGCGGGGAGAAAGAACAACACAUUUCAAAAUGUAAAAAGGCAUUUCGUGAAGGAUCUAGGAAGUCAUCAAGAGUUAAGGGUUCAGCUCCAGAGAUUGAUCCUUCAUCUGAUGGUUCAAAUUUUGGAUGGGAGACAAAGAUCAAAGCAUGGAUGGAUCGAUAUGAAGAAGCAAAUAACAACCAGUAUAGUGAGGGUGUUCAGAGGGAGGCACAAAGAAUAGCUCUGAGAUUAGGCAAUGGAAAUGACAAAAAAGAGAUGAAUAAAUCAGAUUUGAAUACCAACAAUUUGCUCUUCAAACCUCCUGUAGAGAGCCAUAUACAAAAGAAUAAGAAAAUUCUUAAAUCUGCAAAAGAUUUGCCUCCUGAUGCACUUAUCAUUGAAUACAGAGGGAAGUUUAUGCUGAGAGAACAGUUUGAAGCAAAUGGGUAUUUCUUUAAAAGACCAUACCCUUUUGUGUUAUUCUACUCUAAAUUUCAUGGGCUAGAAAUGUGUGUUGAUGCAAGGACUUUUGGGAAUGAGGCUCGAUUCAUCAGGCGGUCUUGUACACCCAAUGCAGAGGUGAGGCAUGAAAUUCAAGAUGGAACCAUACAUCUUUAUAUUUAUUCUAUACACAGUAUUCCAAAGGGAACUGAAAUUACUAUUGCCUUUGAUUUUGACUAUGGAAAUUGUAAGUACAAGGUGGACUGUGCAUGCCUCAAAGAAAACCCAGAGUGCCCUGUUCUAAAACGUAGUUCUGAAUCCAUGGAAAAUAUCAAUAGUGGUUAUGAGACCAGACGGAAAAAAGGAAAAAAAGACAAAGAUAUUUCAAAAGAAAAAGAUACACAAAAUCAGAAUAUUACUUCGGAUUGUGAAGGAACGACCAACAAAAUGAAGAGCCCAGAAACUAAACAAAGAAAGCUUUCUCCACUGAGACUAUCAGUAUCAAAUAAUCAGGAACCAGAUUUUAUUGAUGAUAUAGAAGAAAAAACUCCUAUUAGUAAUGAAGUAGAAAUGGAAUCAGAGGAGCAGAUUGCAGAAAGGAAAAGGAAGAUGACAAGAGAAGAAAGAAAAAUGGAAGCAAUUUUGCAAGCUUUUGCCAGACUUGAAAAGAGAGAGAAAAGAAGAGAACAAGCUUUGGAAAGGAUCAGCACAGCCAAAACUGAAGUUAAAACUGAAUGUAAAGAUACACAGAUUGUCAGUGAUGCUGAAGUUAUUCAGGAACAAGCAAAAGAAGAAAAUGCUAGCAAGCCAACCCCUGCCAAAGUAAAUAGAACUAAACAGAGGAAAAGUUUUUCUCGGAGUAGGACUCACAUUGGACAGCAGCGUCGGAGACACAGAACUGUCAGCAUGUGUUCAGAUAUCCAGCCAUCUUCUCCUGAUAUAGAAGUUACUUCACAACAAAAUGAUAUUGAAAAUACUGUACUUACAAUAGAACCAGAAACUGAAACUGCACUAGCAGAAAUAAUUACUGAAACUGAAGUUCCAGCACUUAAUAAAUGUCCUACAAAGUACCCCAAAACAAAGAAGCACUUGGUUAAUGAAUGGUUAAGUGAGAAGAAUGAGAAGACAGGAAAACCUUCAGAUGGCCUUUCAGAAAGGCCUCUACGCAUAACUACAGAUCCUGAAGUGUUAGCUACACAACUCAAUUCUUUACCAGGUCUCACUUACAGCCCCCAUGUAUACUCCACUCCUAAGCAUUAUAUUAGAUUUACUUCACCAUUCCUUUCAGAAAAAAGGAGAAGAAAAGAACCUACUGAAAACAUUUCUGGUUCAUGCAAGAAGCGAUGGUUGAAACAAGCUCUGGAAGAAGAAAAUUCAGCAAUUUUACAUAGAUUUAAUUCACCCUGUCAAGAAAGAUCCAGAAGUCCUGCAGUCAAUGGUGAAAAUAAAAGCCCACUACUAUUAAAUGACAGCUGUUCCCUUCCAGAUUUAACUACACCACUAAAAAAACGAAGAUUUUAUCAGUUGCUAGAUUCGGUUUACUCAGAAACCUCCACACCUACUCCUUCCCCGUAUGCUACACCAACUCACACCGAUAUUACUCCUAUGGACCCAUCUUUUGCCACGCCUCCACGGAUAAAAUCAGAUGAUGAAACUUGUAGAAAUGGUUAUAAACCCAUAUAUUCACCAGUUACCCCAGUAACUCCUGGUACACCAGGAAAUACCAUGCACUUUGAGAAUAUUUCUUCCCCAGAAAGUUCUCCAGAAAUAAAGAGACGCACUUAUAGUCAAGAGGGAUAUGACAGAUCUUCAACCAUGUUAACAUUGGGGCCUUUUAGAAAUUCCAAUUUAACUGAACUGGGUCUGCAAGAAAUAAAGACUAUUGGUUAUACGAGCCCUAGGAGUAGGACUGAAGUCAACAGGCAGUGUCCUGGAGAAAAGGAACCUGUGUCAGACCUUCAGCUAGGACUCGAUGCAGUUGAGCCAACUGCCCUACAUAAAACCCUGGAAACGCCUGCACAUGACAGGGCUGAGCCCAACAGCCAACUGGACUCGACUCACUCUGGACGGGGCACAAUGUUUUCUUCCUGGGUAAAGAGCCCUGACAGAACAGGAGUUAACUUCUCAGUGAACUCCAACUUGAGGGACCUGACACCCUCGCAUCAGUUGGAGGUUGGAGGAGGCUUCCGAAUAAGUGAGUCAAAGUGCCUGAUGCAGGAUGAUACUAGAGGCAUGUUUAUGGAAACAACUGUGUUUUGUACUUCCGAAGAUGGGCUUAUAUCUGGUUUCGGACGGACGGUUAAUGACAAUUUGAUCGACGGGAAUUGCACACCCCAGAAUCCACCACAAAAGAAAAAGGUUUCUCUAUUAGAAUACCGUAAGAGACAACGUGAAGCUAGGAAAAGUGGCUCUAAGACAGAGAACUUUCCACUCAUUAGUGUAUCACCCCAUGCAAGUGGAAGCUUGAACAACAAUGGUGAUGGCUGUGCCAGCAGUAAUGACAAUGGGGAGCAGGUGGACCACACUGCUAGCCUACCUUUACCAACACCAGCUACAGUUUAUAAUGCCACAUCUGAAGAAACUAGCAAUAACUGCCCUGUUAAGGAUGCUACUGCUAGUGAGAAGAAUGAACCAGAAGUUCAAUGGACUGCCUCAACUUCAGUGGAACAAGUCAGAGAAAGGAGUUAUCAGAGAGCUUUACUUCUCAGUGAUCACCGAAAAGAUAAAGACAGUGGGGGAGAAUCACCAUGUGUCUCAUGUUCACCGAGUCAUGUUCAGUCUUCACCUUCAUCUCAUUCAAAUCACAUACCCCAGUUGCAAGCUAAGGGCCCAGUCCCUUCUUUCAGUGAACUUAUGGAAGACCCUGAUCCUGAAAAUCCAGAACCCACAACUACGAAUGAAUGUCCAUCCCCAGAUAUUUCUCAAAAUACUUGUAAAAGUCCUCCAAAAAUCAGCAAGCCUGGUUCACCUGGAUCUGUAAUUCCUGCUCAAGCACACGGGAAAAUAUUCACAAAACCAGAUCCGCAAUGGGACUCCACAGUUAGUGCAUCCGAAGCUGAAAAUGGUGUUCACCUAAAAACAGAGCUCCAACAAAAACAGCUAUCAAAUAACAACCAAGCACUUUCAAAGAAUCAUCCUCCUCAGACACAUGUUCGUAACUCAUCUGAGCAACUUUCACAAAAGCUGCCUUCUGCACCAACAAAGUUGCACUGUCCUCCAUCACCUCACCUAGAAAAUCCUCCAAAGUCAUCCACGCCUCACACACCUGUACAGCAUGGUUAUCUUUCACCAAAGCCUCCUUCACAGCAGUUAGGAUCUCCCUACAGGCCUCAUCAUUCACAGUCACCUCAAGUUGGAACACCUCAGCGAGAGCCUCAAAGAAACUUUUAUCCAGCAGCACAGAACCUUCAAGCCAAUACUCAGCAGGCAACUUCUGGAACAUUAUUUACACAGACACCCUCAGGACAAUCUUCAGCAACAUACAGUCAGUUUAACCAACAAAGUCUGAACAGCACGGCACCACCCCCUCCACCUCCUCCACCUCCUUCUUCGUCUUACUAUCAAAACCAGCAGCCCUCUGUAAACUUUCAGAAUUAUAAUCAGCUCAAAGGUAGUCUUUCUCAACAAACUGUGUUUACAUCAGGACCAAAUCAAGCACUUCCUGGCACCACAAGCCAGCAAACAGUUCCAGGACACCACGUGACUCCAGGGCAUUUUUUGCCCUCUCAGAACCCUACCAUUCACCAUCAAACUGCUGCUGCCGUAGUCCCCCCUCCUCCUCCACCACCACCUGCUCCAGGACCGCACCUUGUACAACAGCCGAAUUCCCAUCAGCAACACUCUGUAGCACAUGUAGUAGGGCCUGUUCAUGCGGUCACCCCUGGGUCGCAUAUUCAUUCUCAAACUGCUGGACACCACUUACCCCCACCCCCACCCCCUCCUGGUCCUGCCCCUCAUCACCAUCCACCACCCCAUCCAUCCACAGGACUCCAAGGUCUACAAGCACAACACCAGCAUGUUGUAAAUUCAGCACCCCCACCACCCCCUCCGCCGCCACCUUCCAGUGUUUUGGCUUCUGGGCAUCAUACCACAUCAGCUCAAGCCUUACACCACCCACCUCAUCAAGGACCUCCACUUUUUCCUUCGAGUGCUCAUCCAGCUGUACCACCGUAUCCCUCACAAGCUACACAUCAUACCACUUUGGGACCGGGACCCCAGCACCAGCCUUCUGGAACAGGGCCACAUUGUCCAUUACCUGUCACAGGUCCUCAUCUCCAGCCCCAAGGACCAAACAGUAUUCCAACACCUACUGCUUCAGGGUUCUGUCCUCAUCCUGGCUCUGUGGCCCUGCCACAUGGGGUUCAAGGACCUCAGCAGGCAUCUCCAGUGCCUGGACAGAUUCCAAUUCACAGAGCACAGGUGCCACCAACAUUUCAAAACAAUUACCAUGGGUCAGGGUGGCAUUAAAAUGGACUCCAAAAACAUUUUUUUAAAUGUUCUGUAAGAUAAACUGUAUAUUUCAUAUGUACCUGUUAAGGUACUUUUUAAAGCUUGUACAUGAACCUUUGUAUAAAAAACACCAGUGCUCUUUCGUUGUAUUUUUUUCAUUUUUGCUUUUUAAAAUUCCUUUAAAAAAUGUGCUGUUAAGCCAGUAUUAGGUAUCUUUAUUUUGUAAGUGAACAUUCCAGCUGUUUUUUUCUGGCAGAUCUGAUGCUGAUUUGAUGCUGUAUGAUCUUUAAAUUUUAUUUUAGUUAAAUUCAUUUAGUGAAUGUUCUAUUAUUUUAUACAUACACAUUAAGUACUCAGCUAAGUAAUGGCACUAUGAGGAUUUUUUUUUUCUUUCCUGUCAGCAGCAGUUCUGUGAAUGCAUCUUAGGUAUAAAAAUGCAAUACAGAUUUUUAUAUUUUGGUGUGGACAUGGCUCAUUUUGUUUUACCAGUUAUUUGCAAGCAAAAUGUAAUUUAAUGUAUAGAUGAUUUCUAAUGUCUCCUGACAAACUGUAAAUACUGCAUUUCUUUUGCGUAUAUAAUUGCUUACAGCUUUUCUCAUUUGAUAUAUAGCAUUGUACAUAUGACAAGUCUUUUGCAAAACUGUGUGAUCUUUGUGAAAGUAGUGCAGUAUAUGACCUUUAAUUUCUUUUUUAUUUUAAAUAUACUGUCACAUGGAAGCACUGGUUGGGCAUUUUAAUUCAUGUUAAUAAAUCACAAUUAUGUCAGUUUUACCAAA